GUUUCAGAAUUAACCAAAGAUGUUUCACGGUGGCAUCUGGGCGAAGCUACAAGGCUACUACAAAUGGUAUGUGCUGGGAUUGGUCUCCGUCGGAUACAUCCUAGGCGAACUUGGACAUUACAUGAUAGGCACAACAUCAAAGGUGACAGCUGAUGACCUGCACUAUGGCGAUAAAGCGUGUCAAUUGAACGCAACGCAUCUCACGCUAAGCCAGCUGCCCCUUGGCUGCGAAAAAGUUAACAGCAGUGAAGCAUGCGAAACGUUGGAGCUGAAUGGAACAAGAUACUGUGAAUGGGGCUACAAUGGCCUGGGUAUAGACUACCAGAUUCUGGCUGGACCUGCUUUUAUGGCUGUGUUUACGGUUGUGGGGGUUAUACUUGGAGUCGUAGCUGAUAAGUACAACAGGGCACGAAUUCUUUCCAUCUGCACUGUAGUGUUCGUAAUUGCCAUCAUCCUCAUGGGAUCAGUCACAGAAUAUUGGCACCUCGUCUUAUUGCGUAUGAUCAUGGCGGCAGGGGAGAGCGGCUGCAAUCCAUUGGCAACAGGAAUACUUACGGAUCUGUUCCCUGAACAUCAAAGAGCGUUGGUAUUGUCGAUCUUCAAUUGGGGCAUAUACGGUGGAUAUGGAAUUGCCUUCCCUGUUGGACGAUAUGUUCCUGAAUUGAAUGCUUGGGGCUUGAGCUGGCGUCUUUGUUACUACGCUGCGGGAGUAGUCGGUCUGGUGAUUGCAGUUUUGACUUUCCUGACUUUACGAGAACCUGAAAGAACCACAAUUGGAGAAGAAGGUGCUGGCACAAAAACAGCCGACUCAGCAAUGGAGGCGGGAAAGAAAAUACCCCAAGUCACCAUCUGGCACGUAAUUAUCCAGCCCAGAAUCAUAUUGCUGUGUGUUGCUGCUUCUAUCAGGCAUUGCGGCGGUAUGUGCUUCGCGUACAAUGCAGACUUGUAUUACCGAGACUACUUCCCCGAUGUGGACCUGGGCUGGUGGUUAUUCGCCGUCACCGUUGGCAUUGGAUCUAUCGGCGUAGUCGUCGGAGGAGUUAUUUCUGACAAGUUCGUAUCAAAAAUGGGUAUACGAUCACGUGUGCUAGUUCUUGCCGUGUCUCAAUUCAUUGCCACCCUGCCAGCAUUUGGAUCAGUCGUGUUUGGACCACUCUGGGCCAUGAUAACUCUCGCUAUUUCCUAUUUCUUUGCUGAAAUGUGGUUCGGCAUAGUAUUCGCGAUCCUCGUAGAGAUCGUACCACUAUCAGUGCGUUCGACAACCGUUGGCGUCUUUUUGUUCGUCAUGAAUAACGUCGGAGGAAACCUGCCGAUUCUGGUAGACCCUGUCUCGAAGGCCAUUGGGUAUCGUGAGGCUAUUAUGAUCUUUUAUGCUGGGUUUUAUGGCAUUAGUAGCAUCCUGUUCUUCCUGACAAUGUUCUUCAUGGAUGGACCUGUGGAACCGAAAGUGACGGAACCCGAACCGCACGCGAAGCCCACGGGAUUGGACAACCGCGCCUUCACGCAAGACGAACUGCCUAUUCGAAGUGGCAGGAGUAACGGCACUACUGUUCAUGACAAUAGUAGAUUGUAAGGAAAACAAUGUUGACAUGUGAAAAAUAAUUUUGACAGAUGAAUGAUUACUCUGACAGUGGAUGAUCAGGAAAAUAUCCGUGCGGAAUAGCGUUAUAAUCGGAUAUACUUAGAGAUAUGCAACUGACAGUUACUAACGUCAUUUUGAAAUAUAAUGUUGCCAUGUUUAGGGUAUUGAUUAAAGAUGUGUUUGGUUCAGUUCUCAAUGAAUAUUGAAACAGAAUCAAUGAACAUUACCGAUUUUUAACUAUUAAUCUGCUAAACCAUUUACAUUUAGUCUCUACAUAGUUCUAUUAUUUUCUGUUUUCAGUUUCUCGACUUUUUAAAAUAAAUACCUAUGAAUUAUUAAAAAAUA